AUGGCGAUGGUGCUGGUGACGACAGGCGGAUCAAUUUGUUGUUACAGCCAGUACCAACGCAUGCUGAGUACUUUAUCACAGUGUGAAUUUUCAAUGGGAAAAACUCUUCUGGUGUAUGACAUGAACCUGAGAGAAAUGGAAAAUUAUGAAAAAAUCUAUAAGGAUAUAGAAAAUAGUAUAGCUGCAGCACAUGAGAAGAUAUCUGAAUGCAAGAAACAAAUCCUGCAAGCAAAAAGGAUUCGAAAAAAUCGCCAGGAAUAUGAUGCAUUGGCCAAAGUCAUACAACACCAUCCGGACAGACAUGAAACACUGAAGCAGCUAGAAGCUUUGGGAAAAGAACUGCAACAUCUUUCUCACAUUAAAGAAAAUGUUGAAGAUAAGCUGGAGCUGAGAAGAAAGCAGUUUCAUGUUCUCCUGAGCACCAUCCAUGAACUUCAGCAAACUCUGGAAAAUGAUGAAAAACUUUCCGAAGCUGAAGAAUCUCAAGAAACUCAGCUGGAAACAGAGACCAAACAGUAGAUGUAAUUUGAAGACUACUGCCUAUAUUAUUGAAGAAUAUCCAAGUGUCUUCACUUUGUAUUGAAACCAGCAGUAAGAGGGACACAGCUGAAAAACAGUUUUCUACUGCUUCUGUGAAUUUUUAUACAAAAUUAUUUGUUUUGCUUAUGCUUCAGGGGAAAGUAUUUACAGAUGUGUGCAGACAGGCACUUAGUGUUAAUCCACAAACUUUAAUUCAUGACAAGAAAUACAUUUUGUUUUAAAAAGGAUGAAGCUUCUGCACAGUACUUGUGAACUAAGGUGUUUGCAAAACAUUGUCAAUAAAAAG